AUCCAAUAAAACAUAAACACAGCAUUAGAAAUUACUAAUCUUAGAAAAACAACCAAAUCCAACAUGACAUAAAAUGAAAACUUAUAUGAAUAGAAUGAAUGACAUAGCAAAGGCAUGGUUCAAUAGAAAUGAUCAGCCGGCAACGUACAGGAAUGGAGGCCUUAGUUUUACUGGAAACGCUGGGGACUUUUGUAAUCAAAAUACACGAAGUGACAUGGACAGUAGGACUACAACAUUUAACAAUUCUCAAAACUCCAGAAAAGGACCUAAAUAUCCUCAAUACUCCAUAACAUGUAUCAGAUUGUCUACAUUCCAAACAUGGCCAACCAGUAUACAACAACACCCAGAAACUAUGGCAGAGGCUGGGUUUUACUAUACAGGCAGCAAUGAUCAUGUGCGAUGUUUUCACUGUGGUAUAGGACUACAGAACUGGGACUCAGAAGACAAUCCUUUUGUAGAACAUGCAAGAUGGUCACAAGAAUGUCAGUUUCUUAAAGACAAAAAAGGUUUAGACUUUAUUGCUACAGUACAAGAUGCUGUCAGAAGAGUACAAUUGGAGGAGGCCUUAAAUACUGAUGGCAUAGCACAAACUUUCGAUAGUCACAAUAGUGACUGUGAAGAAGAUGGAAAUGCUAGAUCAGAGGACAAAGGCGGAGAUUUCUUACCAAGUGGGAAACCUCCAACUAAAGCUGAAAAGAAAAAUCCAUUGCUGACAGAUGCAGCUCAGAGUAUACUAACAAUGGGAUAUUUACCUAAAGUUAUUAGAAUAGUUGUUGAUAGAGUUUUGAAAGAGAAAGGCUGGAUUGGAAUGUCAGCAAGGAAUUUAAUGGAAGAGAUAAACAAAAUAGAAGAGAGUGGUGAAAUACCGAAAUCAGAAUUGACUUUACCGAUAAGUUCUAAAUUUAAACAUUCUGUAGUAAGCAUGGAGAGUAGAAAAGUUCUUUCAAAAGAUAAUGUAAAGAAGAUAUCAGAUGAAAACAAGGAAAUGAAAGAACAGACACAGUGCAAGAUUUGUUGUGAAAUGCCUGUUUCUAUUGUGUUUUUACCCUGUGGUCAUUUAUCGUCCUGUUCCCAAUGUGCCCCGGCCCUGAAAUCAUGUCCUGUAUGCAGGUCAGAAAUCAAAGGGUCUGUCAAAGUCCAGUUCAAAUAAAACAAAGGCAUGUAGUAGCUUAUCUGUCAUUAAUGUUUUUAGAAUAAGAUAAAAUACUUAUAAUGCAUAACUGUGUAUUUAGUCUAAGAAAAGUCAGAUAUAAGAAAUAACAAUGUGUAUGAUAAUAGAAAUAAUUUGUAAUGUUCUUUAUAACAUGGCAUUAAUAUUGGAUUUUUUGUUUGUUUAUUUACUGUGAGUAACUAAUGUUGUUAUAUAUUUUGUAGGAAAUAUGUUUAUCAUUCAUUAUUAUUGAUAUUUGUCAGCCAUUACCGGUUAUCUCAGAUGUUCCUAUAGCUUUGAUGUUGCAAAACAAAAUGUCUUUACAGCUCAGUGCAAAUUGUUGAAUGACAACAAACGUUUUAAUGUCAUAGACUUCUUAGUAUUGACAUGAUCUUCAUAAAAUUUGUUGAAACACAUAAUUGUACACCAUGCCAAAAUAAGUUUUAGUUUUAAUAUGCCUGCAGCAAUGCUUUCAUAGCAUAUGAUGUGAUAGAUAAUAAUAUAUAUACACUAUUGUUUUAUUUGCCUCACAAAUUGAGUUGAAUCUUUGAAAUGAUCAUUGUUAUAUAACUAGUAUCGAUAAUUUUAACAAGAAUCCAGAUUGAUGCAAAAAUUUUGUAGGCCAUUAGCCAUAAUGCAAAAGAUUCUAUGUAUAGAAGAUCAUUUUCAGCUGGAAAUUUGAAAGAUCUAAUUUAGUGUAGACUGAUUAUUUUAUUUACGGGUAUGUAUUGAAUGCAGCCAUAAAUGUCACCUUUUGACUGGGAUUUGCGUAGCAGUACACACGGGAAAUUAAGAUAAAAACCAUGACUACUUCUUGUCAUUAUAAAUCAGUAGACAUAUUUGAAUUGUUAGAUGAGAUUGAAGGUCUGACAACUUCACCCACCAGGAAAAUAUUAUUAUUAUGAAGGGUCAAAAGUUUGUUUAUUUACACAAUAUUGAGUAUGAAUUUAAAUUUUGCCAUGAUUAAUUGCUUUUUAAAUCUUUUGAUUUAUUGCACUUCAUGAAUAGUUGAUAAAAACCUAUAAAUUGUCAGAACACUUGACAAGUACCUUCAGAAAUGUUUAAAACAAAAAAGAAAGUUAGGCUUGCUGAAUACGAUUUUUUUAUAUGUCUUUCAUGAAUUAAAGGAAAUGCAUUUAUGGAUGUUAUCAAUAUUAGAACUUUUGAUUUAUAUAAUUUUUUUUGUGGUUAUGAAUAAUUAUUGGGAAAUUAUACAGGUAAGUGCAAUAACAGAAAUAUCACCAUUCCUGUAAAUUAACAUGCAUAUGAUUACAAUUUUUAGUGUACAUAUUGUAUUGAAAUGUUACAUACAGCUUUGUAGAUUUUUCAUAUCAUUAUUCCAAAAGAUUCGAAAAAACAUUAAUGGCAGAUAAAUAGUGAAAAAGUAUUGGGAAACCAUAUUAUUCACAAUUUGUAUCUGUUAAGUCUGGAUGUGUAGAGAAAUUUUGAAAUGAUGCUAAAAAUAUCAUUGUUUUCUCACUACACAAGGUUAAUUGGUACAAGCCAUCAUCGAUGUGUUCAUGUCAUACCUAGUCAUUUGAUGCCUAUGAUGGCUUCCAGGUAGGAUAGCCUGGUUUUUACUUGAUUUUAUAUUUUUUUGUGUACAUUUGUUUAAUUUACCUUUACAUAAGUGUUGAGUCUUUCAAUUUCAAGCGGGUAUAAAAUGUAAAUAUGUUAUUUUCAAGUUGAGGGGCUUCGGUGGCCGAGUGGUCUAAGUAGUUUCUACUGUAAUCACUAGCCAGUCAACACUGAGGUUGCGAGUUCGAACCCCGCUAGUGCGGAUGCACUGGACUCCAAUCUUAAUUGACUAGGAUUGCCAGUUUUCCUUCCGAAGGUCGGUGGUUUUCACCGGGCACUCCGGAUUCCUCAACCAAUAAAAACUGGCCGCCAGAAAAUAGCACAAAGCAGUGCUUAAAAGUGGCGUUAAAACCCUGAAAAUCAAAUUUUUUUCAAGUUGAUAUUAACUUAUUAUUUUACGAAUCAGUUAUUAAAAACAAAUCAAGUUCAUUAGCUAAGGAAAAUGGUGCUCUUAUAUUUUACAUAUUUAUUUUCUCUUGUUUCACUUAUUUAUAAGGUAACUUAAAAUGUAUUUCUUCAAUAUCCUUAAAUGUCAUUCUUGCUUGUGCAAAAAUAUCUUGUCCCAUCCCUAAUUUAGAUUUUUUUUUCUUUGGAAGUUUUAUUGUUCUGAAAAAAGUAGAAUUUUCUGACUGAAGUUGAUGAUGCCCCUGUUUUUUAAAUAUGCAUUGAAAUAAAACCUGCUAAAAUUCGGUUCUCCAAUAUAUUCAAAAGGAUAAUUAUUUAUAGAUUUCUGAAUGCAUAUUCAUAUGUACUUAUAAACAAUAUUGAUGACAGUUGUCAAUAAUUCUAAAUAAGAUCUUUAACACUACAUUAUAAAUUUAACCAGUUAUAUAGAAAUAUUAAUUAUUUUCAAUAUACAAAUUCUGGAAUUUCCUAAUGUAUCGAGUAAACAAUAUGUAAAGCAAAAUCUUGUUUUUAAGUUGUCAAGAAUGAAAAAGGUUCUGACAUGAAUACACACAUGACUACUACAUGUUUUUGUUAUCACAGAAAAAUACUUAUUUCUGGUGUAUUUAUCCAGCAUAAUGGUAAGUAUUUAUAUUAGCCCAGAAAUAUCACUGAGAUUUAUAUGUCUUUGUACAACAUCAAACUUAAUCAAGGUUACUUUUUUACAAAUAUGUACUGUUGUUUAUAUAAUCAGAAAAAAGAAACAAGUUUUCAACCUUUAUUUUCAUCAUGUUAGAUAGUUUCAAGUGUACCUGUUACAUAACACAUAAUAUCAGAUUUGAUUUAGUGAUACAAUAUUUUAUAAGGCACUUGUGAUUUUUUUUUUAUCAGGAGACUGAUUAAACUGUAUUUUUUAUAUUUUGAACCUUAAAAUGUUGUAUGAAUAAUAAAGUCUUCAAAGACAACGUAAA